GUCAUUUGUCAUUAAUGUGAUGUGUUUUUGUUGAAUGUUAAAUGCAUAUAUGCAAAUUUCUUUUUAUUAUCUAAACAUUGUUUCCAUUCUAUUGUUUAAUCGCGUAAAUAUAUUAAAAUUCGUACAUUAAUUUAGUACACUCUGACAAAAUGGGAGAUAAUAACGAUGGAGAAAAGCAACCUCUUCUUGCAAACGAAAAUACCUCCUACAAUGGUGAUGUUUCUGGUCAGCAAACUACCGUCUCUCCUAUUGGACCAGAUGAACUUCCUCCACCAUUUUAUCAGCAAUCUGAAGGAGGCGGAGUUCCAAUGGUUACUUGCAGAGUAUGCCAAGCCAUGAUCGAUAUAUCAGGAAAAAGAGAUCAACAUGUUGUGAAAUGUACUCAAUGCAAUGAGGCAACACCAAUAAGAAACGCUCCGCCUGGUAAAAAGUACGUUCGUUGCCCUUGUAAUUGUUUGCUGAUAUGUAAGAGUUCGUCGCAAAGAAUUGCAUGUCCUAGACCGAAUUGUAAAAGGAUUAUAAAUUUGGCACCUAGUCCUGUUACUCCACCUGUUCCUACAAUGCCUGGAAUGUGCAGAGUCACGUGUGGUCAUUGUCAUGACACUUUUUUGUUUAACACUUUGAAUAACGCCCUAGCGAGAUGCCCCCAUUGUCGAAAAAUAUCAUCAGUAGGACCCGAUUACGCCCGAGGUAGAGCCAACAUCUUCCUCAUCCUCUCCGCUGUGUUACUCAUCGUCGCCGUCGGCGUCACGGCGGGCACUUUCUCGUACGCCAAACGGCAUAACGGCACGUACGUCGCGUACGUCGGCGCAUUUUUACUAGCAUUGAUUAUGUUCAUACGCAGCAUGUAUUAUUUCUUUAUGAAGGUGAGUAUCAUAGAAGGACCGAUGUAAUUUUUUUAUUUGGAUAUAAUAUUUGUUUUGUUCGAUGUCUGUCUCGCUAAAAUAAUCGUAAAAAUAAUAAAUUGGAUUUAUUUUUUUUUAUAGCCAACCGUUUAUAAAGCCAUGCAUUACCAUAGCGAUUUGUGGAAGUUAGAAUUAAAUUGUGCCGUUAAUAUUUAUCAAUAUUUAAUAGAAUUAAUAUUUUAUGCACGACCGGGCGAUAAAGUUCAGAUUAUAAAUAGGUUUAGCGGGCGUAAAGUGCCCCUUUAUCGCCCGCGGUUGAUAAAUGUUUUACGCCCUCAAUACAUAAAUAACUAUAGGUUGGUGCCCGAUCUGUUUUGAAAAGUAAGGACCAGGUGAAACAUGUAGUUAGGGUUGUAAUUAAAAGAAACAAAAACUUUUAAACGAGAGAUAUUGAGAAGGGUUGGAAUGGGGAUGCGGUUUAGGGGUUGAAAACGGUUCUUUUCGAUUUUGCGGCGAAACUAGAGCUCCUAGCAAAAAGUAUUAAAUAAGAAAGUUGUAGAUAAUAAAAAAAUAUAAAACUUUUGUACAUGACGUUUU